AUGCCACGUGUCCCUGUAUCACAGGAGCGUGUCCUCUUGCCUCGUCCAGAUCAGAGGCGCCAAUCGGCUCAAGCUGCUGACGUGGCAUGCCAGCCUGGCAGAGCCUCUCAUCUUCCUCCUCAUCGAUUCCCAACUGGCGCCUCAAAAGUGAAUCUACCACCAUUUCGCCUUCCUUUACCUGUCCCAUGUGCGUCUCUCUCCCCACUCCCCCUCCGCUUCCCCCUCUACCCUUUCUCCCACUCCUUCCACCUCUCCCCCUCCCAGCCCAACAGGGACAUGGCUGGAGAGCUCCUCACCUCCCUCUGCAGGGACCACCGCAUCGACCGCCAGCUCGCCUUCCUUGCCGCCUCCCCCACCUCUAUCCCUUACCUCUGUCCCCCGUCUUCACUCCUUCACUCCUUCCUCCCCCAGCCCAACAGGGAUAUGGCUCGAGAGCUGCUAACCUCCCUCUGCAGAGACCACCGUAUUGACCACCAGCUCGCCUUCCUCGCCUCCUCCUCCGUCUCUGCCCGUGGGCUCGUUCGGGCAUUCGCCAAGGCGGCUGCUGUGGUGAGAAAUCAAAUGGGUACUGUCAUGGGUGCAGGAGAUCGUAUCGUAUCGGAUCAUCUCCUCUGCUGCCUCUGCUCCCAGCUUGUUCAGGCGUUUGUCAAGGCUGGUACUUUGUUGUCCCUGGACCCCACAGGAAAGCAAGCGUCAAUCAUCCAGGGCCUUCUCUUCUAUGCAUCCAAGCUCCUCGGCCCUCCCUCCGUACACCUCUCCUGCAUCUCUCCACCGCACUCCACUCCUCUGCCCGGCCCCUCACCUCCCUCACCCAGCCUCACUGCUAAGGCAUGUGCUGAUACCAUCACCACUGGCGGUCAGAAGCUCGUAUUUGUCCGUCUGUUCGAGAUCCUUCCCCUGGCUGUCAACCAUCUACUCCCUUCCUCAUCUUCCAUCACGAGCAGUAGCAGCAGCACUCCCAAAGCUGCUGCCACUGCGGCUGCUGCAGGCACCACUGCCUCCCCCCAUCCAACUGCCCCUGGGCUUUUCAAAGUUCCCAGCAUGGUUUGCGAUGGUAAACUCUCACUCUUCCCGAUCGCUGCUUCUUCCCCGGAGAUUCCGAACCUGCUGCUGGAACGGAGCAUCGGCCAGGCCUGGGGUGGAGGCUCGGCAGGGGUACGGGCCUCUUGGUUUGGGGAUGGAGGAAUGGGUGGUGCGGGGGCUGGAGGGAGAGAGGAGGAAGCUGAUUGGGUGGCUGACGUGGCAGCUUGUGUGACUGUAAAGGAUGGGUCUAUACUGCAUCGAUGGGUGGAUGCUUCAGCAACAGUGCUGAAAGCGUUACAGGUUACAUGGAGCCUUAUCACUGGUAACCACAUCAGAGAAUGUAACAAAAGUGGUCAUGGUAUGAGCAGCAACAGCAGGACUGGUGGUCGCAGGGGAGGUGGGAUUUGGGGGAGGUGGAAAUGGGCUGUGCUGCUGAGGGAUUUCUGUAGUUGCCUGAUUGCUGGGAUUAAGCUAAAUGUGGGUGUGAGCUUGUCUCAAGAACAGAAGGAUAGGCUUUUGGCAGCAGCACAGCAUGCAGCGUCGCUUAUCGCAGCUUCGGAUGCCGAACCUCCGCCAAAGCAGCCGCUCCCGAGCCUGAGGGUUCCGUCUGUGGACGGGGGGAUGGUGGAUGGGGAGGAGGGAGAGGAGGAGGGUGGGAGAGAGGGGAUUGAAGAUUUGAUUUACUUGUUUAGUGAGGAUGAAGAGGAGGAGAGGGGUAAGGAGCAGGGGGAAAGGAGGGGUGAGGAUGAGGAGGAGAGCAGGGGGAGGAAAGGGGAGGAGAGAGUGGGUUGGGGUGGGGGUUGGAGUGUUGGAGGAGUGGAAAAAGGGACUGCCGGAAAGGGGAAGGGAGGAAUGGUUGAGACUAUAGAUCUGGACGAGAUUGAGGAGGGUGCUGGGGUGGGUGCUGGUGGGAUGGGUGCUGGUGGGAUGGAUGCUACAGGGGUGAAAGCAGUGAAGCAGGAAGUACAGGGAGGGAAGCAGGAAGAGGGAGUGGGUGAUAUGAACAUGGAGGAGGUAGUAGAAGAAGAGAUGGAGGAGGAAGAAGAGGAGGAAGAAGAGGAGGAAGAAGAGGAGGAGGAGGAAGAGGAGGAGGAGAUGGGGGAGGAGGAUGAGGAGGAGGAGGAGGAUGAGGAGGAGGAGGAGGAUGAGGAGGAGGAGGUGCCGAUAGGGCAGCUGAAGCGAGGCAGUGAAGGUGGGGGCGCAGAGGCUGAGACUCCAUCUGGGGAAGGUGCUUCUGGGGAAGGUGCAUUUGCCAAGUCGGCGCCUUCUUUUCCGUUCUCCGCAGGCGCUGCAUCCUCCUCCUCUCAUGCUGCCACUCCCUUCGCCGCCUCUCCCUUUGCCUCUCUCCUUUCCUCGCAAGCAGCAAAGCAGCGGCGCCGAAACACUCUCGAAAAAUACCUGCGCACGCAGGUUGCAGCUGCUGCUGGCGCUGGUGCUGGUGCUACAGCCGCUGCCGGCACUGCUGCUGCUGGCACUGGGGGUGCAGGCAUGGGAAAACCGAGUGCAGGGUCAAGGCUUGGAGCAGGAGGGAUCGUUUUUAAGAAGCCGCGGAGUCUUCUAAGCAGAAAGCCAGGUGUAAUGAAAGGGGCAGGCAGAGGGGGCAAGCUGUCAGCGAUUCGAGAGUCGCACAAGGCAGAGGUGGAGCAGAGGAACAGUGCACUGGGGGACGUGCAGCGGCAAAUCAGAGAGCGACAGCUGGCGGAGAGGCUGAAGCAGCAGCAGCAGCAGGGAGGGGCAGGGGGGGCUGGUGCAGCAGCGGAUCCGUUUGCAUUUACUGUGGAGCCACCCUCGGGUGCAGGUUUAUCUGGAGCAGGCUUAUUCGGCAAAGCCCCUGUCCCACCAGCCAUGGCACGUUCAGCAGCAGGGGCAGGGGCAGCAGGUGGAGCAGGAGCAGGAGCAGCAGGGGCAGCAGGGGUGGCAAAAGCAAAGGCGGCAGUGCUUCUAGAGGUCUUUGCAGAUGAUGACUUGGAUGCAGAGCUUGAAAGAGAAGCAGCAAAGGCUAGGAGGCCAGGAGGGAAACUUUCAAUAGGCGGGCUUGAAGGCAUGAACCGCGUUGCAGACCAGAUCAAACGCCACCAAACCAUCGCACUAGGCUCGGACCAGGCCGGCCAGGCAGGCUUGGCGGGUAGGCUCGGCAUCCAGGACUGGAUGGCUUGGAAGAAGCCGCCUCUGCCGAAGCUAGACGAUUGGUUUCGGAAGAUCCUGGCCAUGGAUUACUAUGAGGUGGUGUCUGCUUCCGAGCCUGCAGGUUCGGCGAGCCGGGGGCUGGUUCGGGUGCCAGACGAGUUUGGUUCGGUGGCGGAGUACGUUCGGGUGUUCCAACCACUAGUCCUGGAGGAAUUCAAGGCGCAGCUUCGGCGAUCGUACGAAGAUGCUGUUGGCUCGGGAGGAGGCGGAGGAGCGGGAGGAACGGGAGGAGUGGGAGGAGCGGGAGGAGGGGGAGCGGGAGGAGGGGGAGGCGCGGGAGGAGGGGGAGCAGGGGAGAGGAGGGGAGGGGCGGAGGUGGCAUAUGUGGGAGCGCUGAGAAUGUUGUCGAUAGAGCGGGUGGAUGAUUUCCAGCUCGCGAGGUUCAUGGCCGAACCUGGAGCUUCAUCGGGGUCUCGGGCGUUUUGUGGGGAGAAUGAUCUCGUGCUGCUCACCCGUAAAGUGCCCGACCAUGCUGCUGCAGCGGCGGCAGCUGCUGCUGGGAGCGAUGCUUCUGCGGCAGCACAGCAGCUUCAUGUGCUGGCCAAGGGAAUCGCGGGCAAUGGUCAUCCAGUUGCGUCUCUUCCUCCCACCCACCUCCUCGCUGCGCCUGGCGCGCUGCAAGCAGCUGAUGGGGGACUGCAGCUGCUGGCACGUCACGCACAUCCUCUCCCUCGUGCCGCACAUGCGCGAGUUUCAGGCCCUCGCUGCUGCACUGCACAGUGCCUAACUGCCCGCUCUCCUUCCCUCACUCUCUUCUGUCUCCCCCUUGCCCCACCCCCCUUCCACCCUCUCCUUCCUCCCCCCCUGCCCCUCUCUCCUCAGGUGGAGAGAAGAGAAUACGAGAGGGAAUCUCGGGCAAUGGUCAUCCAAUUGCGUCUCUUCCUCCCGCCCACCGGCACCCCUCGCCUCGCACGCUGCAAGCAACUCCUGGGCGACCGCAGCUGCUGGCACGUCACGCGCAUCCUCUCCCUCGUGCCCCACAUGCGCGAGUUUCAGGCCCUCGCUGCUGCGCAGUACCUGCCGCUGCUCCCACCUCUGCUUAAGCCCAGCUGCUUUCGUGCUGCCAGUUCAGGUGCUGCCGGUGCUGCUGGUGCCGCUGCUGGUGCUGCUGGUAGUGGUGCUGCUGGUGCCGCUGCUGGUGCUGCUGGUAGUGGUGCUGCUGCUGGUGCUGCGACUGCAUCUCUGGAAGGAACGCCUCUGCCAGUCGCCCUCAGGCACAAGUACGAGGCCCAGUUCAACGAGUACCAGCUGCAAGCCAUUCAGCAGGCGGUCGGAACAAACAAGGACGGGUCAUCCAGCAGCAAUCCGGGCUUCAGCGGUGCUGCUCCUGCUGCUGCUGUUGCUGCCGGUGCUGCUGGUUUUGGUGCUGUUGGUGUUGGUCGUGCUGCUGCUUCUGCUGCCGCUGGUGGUUUUGGUGGUGGUGGUGGUGGUGGUGGCGGCAGUACAGAGGCGAAUCGACAGCUGGUGUUGGUGCAGGGUCCGCCAGGGACAGGCAAGACCCGCACCAUCGUUGCCAUCAUCACAGCCUUGCUAGCCUGCAAGAAAAGAGUAAACUCUGGGAAUCAGGAGCACUCGGGAGCAGGAGAAGACACGGGUGUGGGCUGGGAUCUGAAAGAGCCGAGGGUUAGGCAGCUUGGGAGGGCGCCAGGGUUGAGGGGUGGGGCGGGUGGGUUGGGUGGGGAGGGAAAGAGGGUGAGUACUGCAACUGCUAUGGCUCGUAUGUGGCAAGAUGCUGCUGUUGCCAUGGAUUUGGAGAGAGGGGGGAUGAGAGGAGGAGUGAGGGGAGGAGUGAGGGGAGGAGGAGGGGUGAGUCGAGGAGGGGGAGCUGGAGGAGGUAGUGGAGCGGGAGGAAGGGCAAGCGGGGGAGGAGGAGGGGGAGAGGGGGCAGGAGGGGCAGGGGGGAAGAAGCAGCGGACGAGGGUGCUGGUGUGUGCGCAAUCCAAUGCUGCAGUGGACGAAAUCAUAUCUAGGAUCUUCCGAGCCCAUUCCGAGGCAGCCAAGGACGGGGAGGACGCGACGGCGCGAUCUCAGCCGUCGGUUGUGCGCGUUGGGAACGUGUCUGCCGUCCAUCCAGACUCUCUACAUAUUCACAUUGACACACUAGUGGCAAAGAGGCUAGUGAAAGAAGCAGCUGCGAGAGGUGUGAAUGCAGGCAGUGGUGAUAGUAACGAAGGGGGGAAAGAGGGUGGUAGUGGGGGUCUGAGCGAGAAGGAUUGGAGGGACGCGUUUGGUGAUGGGGCGUUUGGUGGUGGCGCUCGUGGUGGUGCUGGCACUCGUGGGGGCACAGGCAGUGGCACUGCUGCUGGCACUGCUGCUGGUGCUGGUGCUGGUGCUGGUGCUGGUGCUGGUGCUGGUGCUGGUGGUGCGAGUGGUGGUUUGGGAACUGAGAAUGCUGUGAGAGAGAGAGUGGCGCAGUUGAGGCAGCAGUUGGAACGGGCCUUUGAGGUGAUCAGAGCAGUAGAGGCACUUCGAUGCAAGAAACGCUCAGGGGAGGAUGGGGAGGGUGGGGAGGAGGGAAGAGCGGAGGAGGGAGAUGGAGGGAAGGGUGGUGGUGCGAGGGAGAGGAGACGGGAGGGUGGAAGGGGAGGGGGAGAGGAGGAGAAAACGGUAGAGGAAAUAGCAGAGGAGAUUAUAUCGCAUGGGGAGGAGACUAUUAAGGCCAGGCUUAAUUUGCUUUAUCGGAAGAAGCGGGAAAUUUCGGCUGACCUGGCAGCAGCGGAGAAGGAGCGGCGGGCAGCUGCGGAAGAGGAUAAAGCGCGCCGGGCAGCGGUGAAAAAAGAGAUUAUAAGAGAGGCAGAAGUUGUGGUGACUACAUUGAAUGCGUGUGGAGGGGACGUGUUUACUGCCUGUUGGGAAGGGGCAGGGGAGAAGAGAGGGGGAGGAGGAGCAGAGGGGAUGGGUGGUGCUGGUGGUGGUGGGAGGUUUGGAGGGAGUGGAGGGAUGGGAGGGGGGGUUCUGGGAGCGAGAGGGAGGGGAUGGGGAGGAGGUAUGGGGGGAGGAGUGAGAGGAGGAGCUUCAGGUGGUUUUUCAGGUGGAGGGUCAGGUGGGGUGCUGCCGUCGUGGAUGGAAGGGUUGUUUGAUGCGGUGGUGAUCGAUGAGGCUGCUCAGGCAUUGGAGCCCGCCACACUCAUUCCCCUCCAGCUGCUCAGUCGAAUCAGCAGCCGAUGCAUCAUGGUGGGCGACCCCAAGCAGCUGCCAGCAACAGUCCUCUCUCGUACGGCAUCCAACCUUCGCUACGAGCGCUCGCUCUUUGAGCGCCUACAGACGUCUGGUUACCCUGUUACCAUGCUCUCCACACAGUACCGCAUGAACCCCCACAUCUCCUGCUUCCCCUCCUCCUUCUUCUACCAGUCCCUUCUCUCUGACGCUCCCUGUGUCACCGCCCCCUCCUGGUCCUCCCCCUUCCAAGCCUUACCAUCCAAUUACCCCUCACCGUCCUCGUUACAGUUUGAUUCGUUACAGGCUGAGCAGCAGCAGCACAGUGUGGGGUCAACAGCCCCGCUGCUUCCAUACUGUGUGUUCGAUGUGGAGGAUGGGGUGGAGAGGACGAGAGGGCCAGCAGGAGCCCCUUCUUUGUGCAACGAGGCGGAGGCGACGGCUGCUCUGGAGCUCUAUUGCUUGCUGCAACAACGGUUUCCCGAAGAGUGCGCACCAGGCAGGGUGGGCAUCAUCACCCCCUACAAGCAGCAGCUCUUCCUUCUAAGGGACACGUUUACCCGAGCACUGGGGCGUGGGGCUGCAGCAGACGUGGAAUUCAAUACAGUCGACGGCUUUCAGGGCAGGGAGGUCGAUAUCCUCCUCUUCUCCACCGUCCGUGCCUCUCCUUCCCGUUUCCUCCCCUCCUCUUUCCACUCCUCCUCCCAUCCCUCCUGCCAUCCCUCCUCCUCGUUCCCUUCCCCCUCUCUCCUUGGAAAACCGAACACCGGCGAUCGUCCGUCGAGGGAAGAGAGGAGGACCGUCGGAUUUGUAGCAGAUGAACGGCGGAUGAACGUAGCAUUAACUCGCGCGAGAAAAGCGCUGUGGAUUGUGGGGAAUGCAGCCACUUUGGCUCAGAGCAAGCCCUGGUGUGCUCUGCUGUGUGAUGCGAGGGACAGAGGUGUGGUUUUUAGGGUGAGGAGGCCUUAUCGGGAGGGGUUGGUGAGAGGGGAGAGGGCUGAUUUGAGGUUUUUGCCUGAGAGGGAGAGGGGUGGGGGAGAGGAGGGAGGGAGGAGACGUGGCGAGGAAGGGGAGAGGAGACAAGGUGGGGAGGGGAGAAGUGGGGAAGAUGAAAGGGAGGAGAGAGUGAGGGAGGAGAGAUUUAGAGAGGAGAAAGUGAGGGAGGAGAAAGUUAGAGAGGAGAGAGUGAGGGAGGAGAAAAUUAGAGAGGAGAGAGUGAGGGAGGAGAAAGUUAGAGAGGAGAGAGUGAGGGAGGAGAAAGUUAGAGAGGAGAGAGUGAGGGAGGAGAAAGUUAGAGAGGAGAGAGUGAGGGAGGAGAAAGCAAGAGAAGGGAGAGUGAAGGAAGAUAAGGCAAGAGAAGAGAGAGUGAGGGAGGAGAAAACAAGAGAGGAGAGAAGGAAGGAGCAGAGAGGGAGGGAGGAGAAAGUGAGAGAUGAAAGAGCAAGUGAGGAGAGGCUGAAGGAGGCAAGGGCACCAAUGCAAGCACCAGGGGAUGCAGCAGCAACAGGGGCAAAAGCAACAGAGGUGAAAGUAGCAGCAGAGGCGAAAGCAGCAGCAGAGGCGAAAGCAGUAGCAGAGGCGAAAGUAGCAGAGGUGAAAGUAGCAGCGGUGAAAGUAGCAGAGGUGAAAGUAGCAGAGGUGAAAGUAGCAGAGGUGAAAGUAGCAGAGGUGAAAGUAGCAGAGGUGAAAGUAACAGAGGUGAAAGUAGCUAGGGUAGAGGCACAAGCGAGUUUGCCAGAACAAGCAGCAGAAAAGGCACACAUGCAUGAGGCAGUAGGCUCGAAGCACAAAGAUGGAAGCAGAGAGGAGGUGGUGUUAGAGUCUCGUGAGCAAAAGCUGCCUGAAGGAGCAGAGAAAGCAGACAUCUGUGCAGCAGCAGGCCAGAAGCACAGGGAUGAAAACAGAGAGGAGGCGCCAGAGUCUCGUGAGCAGAAGGUGCCUGAAGCAGCAGCAGGACCAAGGGCGAGAGAUGAUGGAGCAGUGCUAAGGGAAGGAGAUGGAGAGAUGAGAGAGCCUGAGGGGAGGGAGCAUGGGGCGAGGCCUACUGAGGGGAUUCAGAAGGUGGAGGAGCUGGGGAAAAGGGAGAGGGAGGGAGGGGAUGCAGCAGUGUUAAGGAAGGGAGAAGAAGAGAUGAGAGAGGCUGAGCGGAGGGGGUAUGGGGCGAGGCCUACUGAGGGGAUUCAUAAUAACGGUGAGAAGGGGUUUUUUAUGUGGUGUGUGAAGAGGGAAGGGGAUAGGAGGCACGGAUUGAGUGGGGUGAAGAGGGAGGCUGAGAGACGGAGGAGGGAGAUGAGGAUGAGAGAGGGGAGAGGAGGGGAGAAGGUGAGGGAACGCGAUAGGGAUCAGGCGAGCGAGCAUGAGAAGGUAAGGGAGAAGGAAAGAGAGAGGGUAAGGGAGAAGGAACGGGAUAGGGAGAAAGAGAGAAUGGGGGAUAGGAGUAGAUCAGUGCGAGGCCCGGGAUGGCGGGAGCAGGAGGCUUGGGAGGAAGAGUAG